AAGAUGAACUACCACUUUAGGGUAACUUCACUGAUUUGUCUUAUUUUUUUGUUCAGUUUAGGAGAGACUGUCCUAAGUAAUGGAAAGCACUGUGCAUGUAAGGACACAAGGAAUGUUGGAGCUGUGGAGGGACCACUCAAGGCAGAAGAGAAAAAUAAAUCUGCAGACAUUUCAAAACAAAAAGAACUAUGCCUUGUACCAUGUGAUGCUCAAGCUAAAAUUUUACGAGGGGAAAAACAUUACAUGUGCAGAAAUUUGCAGGACUCUCUUGUUGAAUAUGCAAGAAGCACGCAAAAACUGGUGAGAGACAUGAUGGAUGAUCAACAGUCUUCUUUGGACUACCUUUCUAGUCAGGUAAAUGAACUCAAGAACAAACUUGUUCUUUUGAAUGCAGUAGUUUUGAGAAAGCAUCUGGAUCCACUUCCUUACAAAGCAGUUCAAUCUCAUGGUUUGGACUGCACUCAUAUUAAAGAUACCACUGGUUCAGUUUCAAAAACUCCAUCUGGUCUGUACAUUAUCCAUCCAGAAGGAUCAAAUUAUCCUUUUGAGGUUUUUUGUGACAUGGAUUUUCGAGGAGGUGGAUGGACUGUGGUUCAGAAAAGAACUGAUGGAAUCAUUUCAUUCCAGAGAACAUGGUCUGAAUAUCUGGAUGGAUUUGGUGAUCUUACUGGGGAAUUUUGGCUUGGACUAAGGAAGAUUUUUGACAUAGUAAAUCAAAAAGCCACUAGUUUCAAUCUUUAUGUGGACUUGGAAUCAGAAAAUGACAAGCAUGCCUAUGCAUCAUAUGAUGGAUUCUGGAUAGAAGAUGAAGCAUGUUUUUUUAAGAUCCAUUUGGGGCAUUAUUCAGGAAAUGCUGGUGAUGCAUUUAGAGGAUAUAGAAAAGAAGAUAACCAGAAUUCAAUGCCUUUCAGCACUUUUGAUGUUGAUAAUGAUGGAUGCAGACCAGUAUGCACUAUUAAAGAACAGCUUGUAAAGAGCUGCAGUAACUUCAGUGAUAGCACUGGAUGGUGGUUCAGCAAGUGUGGCCUUGCAAAUCUUAAUGGUGUUCAUCGCUACACAGGUAGAUUUCUUGCAACUGGGAUUCACUGGGAUACCUGGAAAAUGAAGAAUAAACCAGUCAAAAUUAAGUCAGUUUCAAUGAAAAUUCGGAGAACCUAUUAUCCAUAUUUCCAUUAGAAAUAUAUCUCUUCUGGCAAUUAUGUGGAAUAAUGUAUCAUUGCAAUCAUAAAUACCUUUCAUUUUCACUUGAAGAGUUCAGUCGAAACUUUAUUAGGUAUUUCUACAAUACAGUUACUAAUUUUUAUUGGGAAAUGUCAGCAUUUGUAGUGUUCCUGCUUGAGUAAGAAGGUCCUAAAAAGAACUGGGUUUUCAGAAAAAGGAUUAAGCUUAGUUCUUGUCAGCUUUUAUUCAACUUUUAAUUUUAUUUACUCUUAGGCAAUCUCAGAAACAGCAGAAAAAAAUUAUAAAAAGAAGUGUAAUGAUGACCUCUGAAUGUACUUUUUCUGUGCUCUCUGCAUAUCUGAAUUUCUAAGAAAUUGCAGCAAAUUUUCUUUUAAAAACCUAUGAACCUACCAUUUCCAUCAUAAUAUUUUGGAAAAAUAUCUUUUCUGCACCUUAGGUUAA